AUGAAGUCAUUCCUUACAGUUGUUGCCGUUCUUUCAGCUGUAGCAGUUGCUCUUCCAUUAAGUGCUGAUGUCGCCUUAGAGGUUAUCAGACACCAGGCCCCACGGGAUUCUGCCAUUGUCGUUUUCACUAAAGACGAUGGCACACUGUGGAUUGGCAUGCCUGCUACCUGCGAUGGCACGCAGCUCGUCAUCGAGCCCAAUACGUUGACCGACAGAGCCACAAACAAGGUCUUGAACGUCAACCAGCAGUCCGGAGCAAUCCAGCUAUCUGACGCUCAGCGCUCGGAUUUUGCGUUUUCAGGCGAAGAGCUAGUCCUCAGUGGGACAUCUAAGGGCAUCGCCUGUCCAAGUAGCACAGGUGUUCAGUUGUUUUGGGGCGAAGAGUCCAUGUGCACCAACGGUACUCGGGUUGACUUGUUCCAAUCUCAACAUAUCUUGAAAAAGGAACGCCGAAGCUUUUUCGACAACGCAGAAGCAAUGGUUGCUGGAGGGCAGCCUGACGAUGCCUCACUUUUCGGCUUGGACUUGGAAAAGCGUUCGCUGGAUGUCUCUAAACACCUCAGAUGCGGGUGUGGGUGCGAGGGUGCUUGCGGUUGUAGCGUAGGAUCGCCUUGUGGUAUUCCGCCGCCCUGCGCCAUUCCGCCGCCCUGUGCGCCCUGUGCUAUUCCACCGCCUUGUGCUAUUGUGCCACCCUGUGGUGUCCCUCCUCCAUGCGGAUGUAGUACCUGCGACGGCCGCUGCGAUGAGUGUCAGUUCAAACGCUGGAAAGACAAGCAUUGCUUCUGCGACCUCCUGCGACCCUGGGGCAACUUAUUUGACUGCAUAGUCCCUGACCACUGCCCCAUGGAAUGCUGCUGUCCGGCCGCCCAGUGCUCUGCCAGGCACCACGAAACUGACUGCUACAAACCCGACUGCUAUUGCCAGGACCCCCGAUUCUACUAUCCUUAUCAUUCACGCUACGAGCACUGGUGCUAUAAAUGA